AUAAAUGAAUUAGUAAUUUGGAGGGAUUGAAACACAAUAUAAGGCAUUUUUUCAGUUUUUUUCACAUGCAUGGAUGUACCAAUCUUUAUUACUUAAUUUUCACUCUAUUCAGUCUUCUACUACACUAUCUCCCUAACUAUGACCCAAAGGCCCAAACGGAACAAAAGUUUUCUUCGUUUGUCUCUCUAUCCGUUCUUCCACGUUCACGAAACAAUCACACGCACUUUUACCUUCUCUUUCAUCGCUCAAUUUAAAUUCCUACAUCCUUGUUGUUAACAUUCUCUUUUUGUUAAACCUUGUCUUUUUCUGUUUGUGUUUGAUCUGGGUGUCUUAUGGCAACAGUCCAUCUACCUUUUCUAUGUAGGGUAAAGGUCUGUGUGACCCGCUCCACAGAGCCCAUUCAUGGGAUUUUACUGGGUUGUUGCUGACAUGCUCUACUGUUUUUUUGUUAGAUGUUAAUGAGUAUGUUGAAAUCAUUGUGUAUGAAGUAUGAACUUUUAUACUUGAAUGUCUUAGUUUUUCUCUUUCAACAAUUCACUUACCAGUCUAGUAGAACGAGCUCAGCUUUUUGUGGCUGGAAUGAUUGAAUAGGCUAGGCUGCUUAUUGCGCUGAUUAUCUAAAAAAGUAUUUAAAAUAUCAUUUUAAUAUAUUAAUGGCAAUAAUUUCUGAUGGAUGAAAAUAUAUUAAGGCCAAAAGAAAAUAAUUUAUGCACUACCUUUUUUGUACCAAUUUGGUUUGGGGGUUGCCUUUGUGUUUUAUAGGCUAGUCAAGAUCAUUUAGUAAAACAUGUUUUACCUAUGCUUGUGCGGGCUUAUGAUGACUCCGAUCCACGGUUGCAAGAAGAAGCCUUGAAGAAGACAGUGACCCUUGCCAAGCAACUUGAGUCCCAGUUGGUAAAACAAGCAGUUGUGCCUCGUAUUCAUGGGUUGGCACUCAAAACAACUGUUGCUGCUGUGAGAGUGAAUGCCUUGCUAUGCCUGAGUGAUAUGAUACACAUACUGGAUAAGCAUUCCAUUUUGGAUAUACUGCAGACUAUUCAACGGUGUACCGCUGUUGACCAUUCUGCCCCAACUUUGAUGUGUACCCUUGGUGUUGCCAACUCUAUAUCAAAACAGUGUGGAAUAGAAUUUGCAACAGAGCAUGUCCUUCCACUUCUUGUGCCUCUACUUAUCUCACAGCACCUAAAUGUUCAACAAUUUGCAAAAUAUAUGGCUUUUGUCAAGGAUAUUCUCAGGAAGGUAGAAGAGAAAAAAGGUGUGACUCUAAGCAACACCGGAGUCUCUGAGGUAAUAAAACCAUCCCCUGGCAGUGUUGUUGGGCCCCAGCAGCAGUUGGGGCAAGCAAAUAAAGCCGGUGUAGCGGCUCCAUCUACUACGAGAUCCAGCCCUUCUUGGGAUGAAGACUGGACUUCCUCCAGAGGACCACCUUCAGUUUCCCAGCAGUCAACCUCAUCGGCCAGCCACCCGACCGUACCUAACCACCAUUCAACCAAUAAAAAAGAUUCUGCUGCUUCUACCACCCAACCACUUCCGUCUUCAUGUCAUGCCGUUGAUUUAGAGUGGCCCCCACGGUCCUCACCUCUUGAAGAUUCCGAGGGGAGAAAAGGCGCAUCAAACGGCAGCAGCUUUGAUGAUAUUGAUCCUUUUGCCAACUGGCCCCCACCUCGUGCCCCUAGUGGCACAACCGUUCCUUCAGGGCCCUUCAACAAUGGGACACCAACCUCGUCCUUCAACACCAAUGGUCCCGAUGAUGCUCUGGGCAACAAAUGGUCUCUCGGCGCCCCAAUGUCUUAUGAGCCGCUGAAGCAGAACCAAGAGCAUUCCUCGUUGAAUUUUGGUAGUGGGCUCCACGAUUCACGGAAUUCUCUUGGGUACAUGAAGAAAACUCACGAAUCGUCUACUUCUUCUGAGAAACCAUCCAUGGAUAUCGGUUCCAUUUUCUCUUCCCCAAACAAGAGUGAGCAGGCCAUUGCCUCACUCAGGAUUGCCCCACCCCCAUCUACUGCCAUCGGUAGAGGAAGGGGAAGAGGGCGAGGAAGUCAAGGCCAACUCGGGACUGCCAGCUCAUCAUCGCGGAAGUCUCAACCGGAGCAACCAAACCUGCUUGAUUUGCUUUAGUGAAAACCAACCAACCAUCCAUCCAUCAUGUCAUCAAAACUGAAAAGAAAAUGAGGUACAUAUCAUCCCACGCCAUGCUUAUCCUUUUGCCUUUUUUAAAAUAUAUUUUUUAUACUGAAAUCGAGAAACGAAAAAAAAAAAGAAGAAAGAAGUGUUCAUAGCGGCCGUGAGCUCAUGGAGAUUUUGCCUUUGAGAAUGUAGCUUGUUGUGGAAUAUAUGGUUCUCCUCCUCUUGAUACUUUGUGGAGCAGCAUAGCAUGGUGACAAAAAAAAAUUCUUUUUUUUUUUUGACAUUUUGUGCAAAUCUUAUUAGUAUUAUAGUUUUCCAUUGGUGAUUUAUGUAACAGUAAUUGUAUUUUGGACUUGUAAAACAUUCGGCAGUGAGCGCAACCCAUCUUGAAAAACUCUUUUGAGAAUCUCAUUUCAAUUCCAAAAUUCGAAUUCUUGAAUUUUAAAUGAUAAGGACAGAUGUAAAUUUAUGUAAUGAAUUUGAAUUCAGUUU